GCGCGGCUGGUGGUUGGGCUGGCAUACGAGCGGAAGAGAAAGCGGAUGCCGCUCGCAGAGGCAUUGCCGCGGCUGGAGGCGCUAGUCGAGGCGGCGGGGGAGGUGGAGGAGACGGCUGGGGCCGAGGAGCGCCAGUGUGACCUCUGCUACGACGCGCCGCACUCGGUCCGCUUCGCGUGCGGCCACGCGCUGUACUGCGAGACAUGUGCGCCGCGCGUGCUGGAGCGCGACACCAACUGCCCGGCCUGCCGCCAGCCGGCGCUGCCCAUCGCCGCAACUGGGCGGCUGGUGGCGGAGCAGGCGACGUUUGUCCACCAGCCGCCCUCGCGCACCGUGCCCCAGGCUCAGCCCGUGGGCGCCACGGCGGCGGUCGGUGGGCGAGGGGGACGCGGUGGGCGGGGUGGGCGGGGCGGGCGCGGUGGGCGGGGUGGGCGUGGG